AUGUGCUCCAACCUCCAACACCACUCUAAACUAAACCGCACUAAAUGUCUGCAAGUUACAAACGCGUCGUAUAAAUUCGAUCGGUACAAAGCAGUUAAUAAUGGCGAAGAUAAUUUUAAUGGCUGUUGUAAUACACACGAUUGUAAUGAAACAAAUAGAUUCGAGUGGUUUUUCAAACGUAAACCGUGUGGAAGCAUGUGUUAAUGUAGUGGACACUUCGUAUUCAAGAGUGGUGAACGUGUUUCGUGUGCAUGUCAUCCUGAAUAGAUGGUGGUCAAGAAAUCCUCGUCAAUAUGGAGUCAAACGCAGUAACAGCAUAGAUGAAUAUUCGAUUACUUUUUGCGCAGCAGUCCGCCCUCACGUAGUUGAACGUGACCCGAUUUUCAAUAGAACUACUUACAAAUCGCAUAUCGACAAUUUUCUAGCCAGGUACAUUAAAGUUAGUCAUAACAUUUUUAAAAUAGAAGUAUUGAUGAAGAAACAAAUGGAAUUGUUUGAAUUGGUGUGA